AUGCUGGUGGUCCUGUUCACAGCGGUCUUGCUGACCCUGAGCUAUGCUCAGGAAGCAGAACUUCAGAUCCUAGACCAGACACCAAAUCAGAAACCACCUCCACCAGGAUUCCCACCAAGACCACCUGCUAAUGGGAGCCAGCAAGGCCCACCCCCACAAGGAGGCCCACAACAGAGCCCCCUGCAGCCUGGAAAGCCCCAAGACCCACCCCCACAAGGAAGCCCACAGCAGAAACCACCUCAGCCUGGAAAGCCCCAAGGCCCACCCCCACCAGGAGGCCCACAGAAGAAACCCCCUCAGCCUGGAAAGCCCCAAGGCCCACCCCCACCAGGAGGCCCACAGAAGAAACCCCCUCAGCCUGGAAAGCCCCAAGGCCCACCCCCACCAGGAGGCCCUCAGCAGAAACCACCUCAGCCUGGAAAGCCCCAAGGCCCACCCCCACCAGGAGGCCCUCAGCAGAAACCCCCUCAGCCUGGAAACCAACAAGGCCCACCCCCACCAGGAGGCCCACAGCAGAAACCACCUCAGCCUGGAAAGCCCCAAGGCUCACCCCCACCAGGAGGCCCACAGCAGAGACCUCCUCAGCCUGGAAACCAGCAAAGCCCACCACAAGGUCCCCAAUUCGGCAGACCACAGGGAUCUUUCCAGAGUUUGGGUCCUCAGUAA